AUGGAUUCUGAUGAUGACACGCCCCUAGAUUCCCUCCUCAACCGAAAACCUAAAGCACAGUCACAGCCAAAGUCCCUUUUCACACGAUGGCAAUCAAUCACCGACAAAGUUUACGCGAUCAAAGUUCAAAAUACAACUCAAUCCGAGCUUACCCCAGCUAAUCGUGCUUUACUUGAAGAAAAUCUGGAGUAUGACGAAUCCAAAUAUUUUGUCAGUUUGACAAAUGUCAUCCUAGUCCAGCUCGUCGAAAAGCCAAAAGAAAAGAGUGAGUGCGACGAAAACAAAGAGAAUCAGCCAGUGGCCACCCAGAAUGGCGAGAACAGUGAAGCUCCAGAAAACACCGUAGAAGAAAAUGGAAUUCAUGAAAACGGAAUCCAGGAAAUCGAAGAUUCAGAUGACGAAGAGAAUAAGAAAGAUUAUGUUGAAGAAUGCGACGAUGAUAGUGACGAAGACAACUUCGUUUUCGGCGAAAUCGAAACAGUCACAACUGAAACUUUUAAUAAAUUCGUAAAUGAUUCUGAAUUGACUGUCAAACGCGUUGUGGAUGAUACGAAUGAAACGAGAAGUGUUGGAGGAAAAUCAAAAUCAGCUUCUGAGCGAUCAACGCCAGUGAUAACACACGAGGAAAACGGCAUUACAACUAUCGACAGCUCGGACGAUGAAGACUCCAACCAAAAGAAGACCAACGAAGACAGGCCCGUGCUACUGAAAAGCGAGCACGACAGUAAUGUUUCGAGCCCCUUGCUGUUGAGUGAGAAAGAAAACUCCGACCUCGUCGCCGCUUGCGAAAAAGUUGCUGGGAACAAAGAGAAACGAGCGGAAACACCAUUCGAUAGCAGUAAGCCAGAUUCAGCACAAGAAGAAAGCGAUGAUGAUUUGAUCGAAGUUGUUCAAACCAGGCAGCCGGAAAUCGACACGUUUUGGUGCAUCGAAAACGGGAAAAUCUACGCGUCCAAAGCUGUUCCUCCUUCUUUCCAGCUAAAGUCGAGCCCUCCCAAUCCCGAUGUCGACCUAAGCGUUGGCGGUUUGUACUACAAGAUCUACGCGGCCAUCCAAGAGCGUCGCCAAGCCCAGGAAUACAGAAUCAAGCCAAUUUACAUCGCUCAUCGACGGCUUUACCUCGCUGCUGAUCAGAAAAACUACUCAACUACGAUUGCCUUCAUGGAGGCUGCGAAAGAAGCUUACCUUGACAAACUGGUUGAUGAAGAUAUCGACCUGAGCGCCAAUACUUUCUGUCGCGAUUGUUUCCGUGUCUUUCCUACCGGCUUCGAUCUUCAAGUCCACCGCGAACUCGUUCACAGUGUUCAGCACGCAGCUACUUGCCGCGUUUGCGAGUUCAACUUUGGCCAGCCCGCGACGUUACUAAAGCACAUGGCCGCCGUUCACUCCAAGAAGCCGACCAGCCAUCAGCCCGGACUGAGGGAAGUAAUGGGAGCUUACAAAUGUCACGUGUGCAAGUUCUGCUCCCCUUUGUAUUCUGAAUUGAUUCGCCACUUCAAGGAGUACCAUUCUAAAUCCGGCUGGCUUUUGUGUCCCUUCUGCAUUCGCUGCUUCUCCAGCGACGUCCAGUAUGAAAAUCAUCUACAAGUGCAUAUCAACAAGGCGAAGUUCUACAGAUGUCAAAGUUGCCGGCUUGUCUUUGAAUCAGAGCAAACUCGAUCGCGGCACGAAAUGGAAAUGCAUGGUAGAGAGAAGUGGAUGCAGGUAGAGCCUAAUCCACAUGUUCCGAUUGGAACAAAAGUUUGGGUUAGAGGAGAGCCCGAUUGUCGAUCAAAAUUGGUUGAUACGGAAGGUCUGGAAGAUAACCAAGCUGUGCGGGCCUUGUGCCUUCGAGAUUGCAGUAAAGAAAGCAGCAAGCAGAAUAUCUCUGGCGGAAAGAGAAAAGCACUUCCUAAGGGAGUCGAGAAACUCGUACCGAAACAUCUCGUUGUGGCGAAAAAGGCAUUCAGAGAAGAAGUCUUGUCGACGAAAAGAAGGUCGCAGGCUGUCUUAACGACGACGGAGAAGUCGGACGAAGAAAUCGUCCGGAAAGAAAUUGAGAAAAAUGAUAAAAUAAAGUUGAUCCCGGUUGAAGAAGGUGGACAGGGAUGGAAAGUCCCCCAGCCCAACAGGAAUAAUUUCCCGCACAUGAUGAGCGAACUAUUUUAUUUCUGCUCUGAAGCAACUGAUGAGACACCUGCAUUUCCAUUGAUGCCUUCAAUGGAAGAGACCAACGCGAUCAAAGUAGAAAUUCUGGCAGAAGAAGAGAAAAUGGACGCGACAGGCGAAUCGGAUGAAUCUCCAGUCAAUCAAUUCGAGGGAAGCGGUUUCGCAGACGUCAAGACCGAUCCGAUGUUCUCGCUUUCAGAUGUGAAGAAAGAAAAGUCGAUUUUCGACAUUGAACAAGAAAACGAGAUACUGAAGAAACAAGGCGUCAGAGAUACAGCUCUCGAAGACAUAAAUAUGGACGGAAAAUAUCACGAAUGCGUUGAGUGCAAGACAAAAUUCGCUUCCGGAGCAGAGCUGAUAGCUCAUUUUCUCCUCAAGCCGAUAAAGACAGCCGCCGGUUCUUGGGAUACGCACUGCCCUGUGCUCGGUGCUGAUCGAAAAAGUUUGGAAUUACGUGAAGACGCCCCCUCAAUGCUAAAAUACUUGACGGCGGCCUUGGAGCCAGUUUGGAACAACGAACCACGAAAUGACAUCAAGAAGAGUUACCCCGAAGGGAUCCUCUGCUCGUGUGGUUUUCACGACAAAGACUACACGGAUGCAACAGCAGUAGUCAAGCACAUCCAGCGCUAUCCAAAACACACCUUGAUCAUCCCGGAAAGUCAGGCUCACAAGGAUUCUAUCUUUGAAAACCAGCAAAGAAAACGGCUGAAGCAAAUGAUCCAAGCACAUGCUACGAAAAAUCAACUCGUUGCCGAUCUUGAUCUGUCUAUAACAGACAAACUAACGAUGAAGCAGAAGUAUCUCGAGGAUCAAGACGACAUGGAGGAGCUCAUGGAAACUCUGCCUGAAGAAAUGAAAAAACUUCAGGGAACGAUUCAGUUCAAAAGGAGAGUUGACAAGUCGACUUUGGAAGACAGGCCGUUGCAUAAAGAGGAGAGGAGUAUUGUCCUUGCCGCGGACGGUCCUAACUUAGAGUCCGUCAUUCAAUCGAGACUGGUAUCAUCCGUGAAAAUUCCGAGAAAGCUCGACCGCUCUAUCCAAUCUAUUUUCAAGAAGAGAGUCUCGGACAUCGAGACGCAGAAACAACUUGAGGCCCAGCAGAAAAAACUCGCUCAGAGCCAAAGCACCCAAAAACUCGCGCUCGGGUUGCAGAAUCAUGCUCCUAUCAAGCCAAAUUAUCUGCCUGUCGGUAGGCCGGCGAAGACUGUUUCAUACACGCCUGUUUCGCAGGAGUAUAUUCUGCAGCAUAGUUCUAGCAGAAGCAAUGCGGUAACGAAUGUGACGCAAACCUACAGAACAGUGAACAGCUACCAAAACAGCACCACUUCAACGAAUUCUGCUCAAAGGGUCGAGUUUACUCAACUCAACAGACCGCCGAGUCAACAGAAAAGCUACAACUACACUCCAUCCAAUUACAGUAGAAAUCAGAGCCCAGUGAAUCAGAGAUCCCCUAUCAACCAGAAUACAGGUCCCAAAGCAAGAGCGGAAACCCUCUGCGGCAGAUUGCCAAGAAGUGCUACAACACAUCGUGGCCCGGUAACGCCAGCAGAUUGUAAAUUUCCCAUGGUUUCUCAUAAAUGCAUUCACGUCGAGAUUAUUCCUUCUGACGAUGCCAAGAAAUUUGCAAACAUAGACCAGUACGAAAUCAUGUUCAAAGGAAAGAAGCAACCCAACAUCUACAAAGUUCGGCCAAGCAUCAAAGUCGUGAAGCUGAUCGGUCUCCAGUCGGAUACGCUGUAUGAAAUUAAAGUUUAUGCCACUCGACAUGGAGUUCGUUCGCCGCCGCUUAUCAGAAACGUUCGAACGCCGAAAAAGCCCAGAGGUGUUGUUGCCUCGGGCGAAAUCAUCGAGCUGGAUUAG